CAUCAACGUAUUAGGCCAAUAUAGGAAUUUUGGCCAUAAUUGAUGAUGUUAUAUUAAACUAGGUUUGUUUCAUUGAAUAGCAGAGCUGUUUCUAUACUAUGGUUGUUACGACUUUCAUUUACUUCAAUGGUAUCUCAAUGAUUUUACUUUACCUGCGGAUGCUGCUUGAAAAAGCUAGAUUCAUUGAUGGCAUCUAAUUACAGUUUGAUCAUUGUGUGACUGUAUUUAGUUCUAUUCUUCUGUAAGAUUGUUCUAGAAUUUUAAGAGAAAUACUUUUGAUUAAAGAAAUGCUUAAUUUGAUUUCAUAUUUAUUCUCGCAGAUCCUCGUGACGAUCUCAGCGGGAUGGAUGUAGCAAGAAAGAUUGGAAGAAUUUGAUUAGUGACAAGUGUGCAGCAACUGUUAUACUACUCAAUUUGGAGUAGUUCUGGCUUAUAAACAAAAAUUAUGGUUUGACUGGCAUUCUAGCAACUGAGAUCUCCUACUUGUUUCCUGUUCGACUUGUGCAAAAUAGGCUUUGAUCCUUGCUCGACUUCUUGGUCAGCGGAUUGACUUGGACAACAUAAAGGUUGAAAGCUUGUAUCCUGAAGAAAUGGGACCAAAUCUAAUGCAUGUUGAAGAUUUUUUGGUGAAUGGCCUUCCACUGCCUGAUAAAGGCAUCCAAGAGAGGGUUGAAAGGGCUUCUUCAAAUGGCAAUGUGCUCCGUUAUGUUUGUGUGAUUGAGGACUCAAGAGCAGUAGUCAUGUGGGUAGAUGAGCAAGAUGGGGAAGCAAUUGAGCUUGCCUUCAGUAAGAAGAAAAUUGAAGCAAGGAAGAAUUGGCUCCGACAGUUUGAGCCUGGCGCUUACCUUGAUCAGAAGGAGAAGCUCAUUAAGUACAGUGAUUUUGUCAACAAAGAGCUUAUAUUAUUUUCUAGAAUGUUCUUCUGUUGUUUCAUGUUGUAUCUUGCUAUUUUUUUUGUGGGGAAGGUUAAGUUGAUUAUGUUCUCUCUCUGUGUCUGUCUCUUUUUGUACUUGGUGGGGAAGCUCUUGUAAAAUUUCAUUCUAUUGGUGAUUAAACACACAAUGGAAUUGUCUAUAAACAGGAUGGACUAAGCAAUGGGAUUGCACAAUCUGUGCAACCUGAAAUCAUUCACAUUUCACACUAAGAUAGAAUCAAAACAAUCUGGUAUUCAGGGCAAUGAAAAGGUAAUGGUACCUUUUGUUCUGUUUUGUUCUGACAAUUAUAUAUCAUAGUUUGAGUGAGAUAUAGUUAAUGAAUAUGUAUCACCUAGUUUGUGUCUUAGAUUGGAUCCUGAUGUUACAAUUUCCAAAUUGAUUUUUGGCUAGCUUGCUAAAAUUUCUUAGUUUUAGGAACCUUUGUAUGGAUUAAAUAUUUUUUAUUAAAAUUUAAUUUUGGGAUUAGCACAUUCCCUGAGAAGUUAUCACUUCGCUGUGUUUAUGA